CUUUGCAUGAUGGCACUGGUUUCUCUCAUGUGGCGGAAAGAUGAUGAGUUUCGGGCAUUUGUGAAGAGAGUCACAAUGAGCGAUUUCUUUAAGAUAAUUAUGAUUAGUGCUGUCGGAUCGAAUGCCUUUUUUACGGCCUUGUGGACCAGUUAUGAAAUCAGGUACCGCUUGUUCAGACUUCUUGAGUUAUCGGAGUUCUUCUUUGUGUCCAUCUGCACCUCUGAGUUGGCCAUGAAGAUCUACGUGGACUCCACUGGAUACUGGAAGGAUGGCUACAACAUACUGGAUGUGGUCAUCUUCAUCAUUAUGUUUCUCCCCUAUAUCUUCCGCAAGCUCCUGGGCAAACAGUUCAUUUACCUGCACAUCGCUGAUGGCAUACAGUCCCUGCGCAUCCUCAAGCUUAUCAGCUAUAGCCGGGGCAUCCGGACGAUGAUCACUGCCGUGGGGCAGACAGUCUACACCGUGGCCUCGGUGCUCCUCCUGCUCUUCCUCCUCAUGUACAUCUUCGGUGUCUUGGGCUUCUGCCUAUUUGGAUCUCCAGACACGGGUGACUAUGAUAACUGGGGGAACCUGGCCGUGGCUUUCUUCACCCUCUUCAGCUUGGCCACGGUUGACGGCUGGACAGACCUGCAGAAGCAGUUGGACAAUCGGUCUUUUGCUUUGAGCCGGGCAUUCACCAUAGUCUUCAUCUUGCUCGCCGCUUUCAUCUUCCUCAACAUGUUCGUGGGUGUGAUGAUCAUGCACACAGAGGACUCCAUCAAAAAGUUUGAGCGAGAGCUGAUGUUGGAGCGAAAGAUGACAAUCAUGGAAGAGAAGCAGGUGAUUCUGCAGCGGCAGCAGGAGGAGGUCAGCAGGCUGAUGCACAUGCAGAAAAACGCUGACUGCAAAAGUUUCAGUGAGUUGGUGGAGAAUUUUAAGAAGACCUUGCGCCACACUGACCCCAUGGUCUUGGAUGAUUUUGGCACUAGCCUACCCUUCAUCGAUAUCUACUUUUCCACUCUGGACUACCAGGACAUGACUAUCCACAAGCUUCAAGAGCUGUACUAUGAGAUUGCGCAUGUGCUGGGUCUGAUGCUGGAAGACUUGCCCCAGAAGAAGCCCCAGUCCUUGGAAGAGGUGGAUGAGAAGUAGCUAGGCAUGGGGACACCCAUGUGCCGAGGGCCUUGCAGACUGUGACAGGUCCCUAUUAAACACAGGCUUUCUGAGUUGGCCUCUC